GAAUAUUAAGGAAACCUUACACAAUGAAGUGCAUCUACGUGUUGUCUGUUCUGCUGGCUUUUGCUGCUGUCCAAGCUGAGGACAAGUACAGCACGGAAAAUGACGACCUGGACAUUGAAGCUGUGGUAGCUGAUCUUGAUACCCUCAAAGGAUUUGUAGGGUGCUUCAUGGAUGCAAUGACCUGCCACGCUGUUGCUGCCGAUUUCAAAAAGGACAUUCCUGAUGCUGUCGCAACAAGCUGCGCUAAAUGCACGAACGCCCAGAAGCAUAUCUUCCACAAAUUCCUUUUGGGACUCAAGGAGAAGCUGCCUUCGGACUAUGAAGCCUUUAAAAAGAAGUUUGACCCUCAAGGUCAAUACUUCGAAGCCCUUGAAGCAGCCGUAGCCUCUUCUUAAAGACCUUUAACAAUGCACC